CGACUCAUCUUUCAAUUCUACAAAUUCUCACUGAAAGAGCACAGCAGAUCGCGAUGACUUCACCAACCAAUCAAUCGAAUAGUAUCAAAAUGACGGCGAUUCCCGACAAUCAUGCGAUGGGAAAUGAGGUAGGGGACAACGAGAUGGUCGUAUCAAACGCAGCUGGCGUAGAUCUGAAGCUCGUCCCAAGCCGCAAGACGUUCGUGACCUCCGAAGUCAUCAAUACUAAUUACCCCACAACGCGUCCUCAGCACGAAUCACGCGCAAUUCCAAUUCGCAGCUAAAAACCAAUUACACUGUGAUUCUUCACCUCUACGAUCUGAACUUUGCGCGAUGGACUCAAAGCGCGAUUCCAACUCGCCAAAUCCGAUGGAGAGCUCUCUCGCACUGGCCACGGUUUCGAAGUCAGGACCCGAACGGGGACGGCCCAAGGGCUCCAAGAACAAGUUACAUGGACUUAAUCCAUCUCGUCGAAGUGCGCGCAUCGCCACCUUGGAGCCCCGCCCCACGGCGCAACGACAGGCUUCUCAAAGCGCGAAGGCAAAGGCAAAGAGUUCUCGCUCGGCCACCGCUGCGACGCGGAAGCAACACGGUCCUCUUUCAAAGGUCACGAAAACUACUGCCAACCCUAGCAAGAAGAGGGGUCGUGGGCGUCCUGCCGGUUCGAAAACAAAAGUGAAAAAUUCAUUAUUGGCCUUUGGAAGGUUGGGAUGUAGAUGGAAGGUUGUCUUUCGGGGGAAUGUACUGCACCAAAUCCGUUCCCGUGAAUCGCAACGGAAGUUUGGUCGGAUAUUCACGCCUGGGUUUCAACUUUGAGUCUUCCGCAGUCUGAAAUGGGGAUUGCACUUGGUUCUGCUGCUUGAUUAAGGCUAGGGGCCAGGCGUUU